GUGGAGCUGACCCGGCGCCGGGGUGGGAGGCGAAGGAGGCCGAGCCGAGGCGAGGCCAGCCCUUCUGCUUCGCUGUCUCGCUCUCCAAGUCACUCUGGCCCGGCGACUUCUGGCGCGCGGCGGAGGUGAGGCGGUUGCGCUCCCGCAGGCGCCGAAUCCGGGCAGGGGCCGCCGCUCCGCCGCUCUCCAGCAUGGAUUCGGAUUCCGGCGAGCUGAGCGAGGGGGAGCUCGUUUCUUCCGCAGGUUCUGAUAGUUUUAGUUCAAAGAGUCUUGCACUACAAGCCCAGAAAAAGAUAUUGAGCAAAAUGGCAACCAAGACGGUGGCAAAUAUGCUGAUUGAUGAUACCAGCAGCGAAAUCUUUGAUGAGCUAUACAAAGUAACCACAGAGCACAUGAAAAACAAGAAAGAAGCGCAUAAAAUCAUGAAGGACUUGAUCAAAGUGGCCAUCAAGAUUGGGAUCCUCUACCGAAACAAUCAGUUCAAUUCAGAAGAGCUGGAGAUUGUUGAAAAGUUCCGCAAGAAGCUGAACCAAGCAGCCAUGACGAUUGUCAGCUUUUAUGAGGUGGAAUACACAUUUGACAAAAACGUUCUCUCAGGACUCCUGAACGAGUGCAAAGACCUUGUGCACGAACUCGUAGAAAGGCAUCUGACAGCCAGGUCCCAUGCACGAAUCAAUCACGUCUUCAACCAUUUUGCAGACGUGGCAUUUCUCACUGCCCUCUAUAGCCCUGAUGGGGAAUGCCGACCACACCUCAAAAAGAUUUGUGAUGGAAUCAACAAACUGCUGGAUGAGAAAGUCCUUUGAAACUUUGCCCUUUUUAAAAAAACAGCAACAAAACAUUUAGUUAAGAAAUGAAAUUUAUGGAGUAGGACAGAAACAUGAGAGGGAGAUACCUAUAUAUAACCCAAAAGUUAAUGGCCUGGGUUGCACAUAUUGCUUAACUAUGGUUUAUUAAACCAUGGCUUAAGGUUAUGCGUGAACCCAGCCCAGCUGCUUUACUAUGGUUUAUUGACUAUGGUUAAAGAUCGCUCAUUAGCCCAGGUUUGUAGCUGGUUUAUAAACCUUAGUUAACAUAAACCAUAGUUUAGUAUUAAAUGCGAACCCAGAUCUCCUUAACUAUGGUUAAGUAGUUGUCACUGCCCAGAAAAUACAGAGCUGCGACUGAAGAACAGCUGUUCCUGGCUUUUGUCUCCUUUAAGGGGGGGAGAUGUAAUCAACCAGGGUUUAAGUGACCAUUUGCCAGAUGUUACAGUGUUAACAAUGGUUUAUUAACUAUGGUUAAUUUACCCAUGGCUUAAUGUUAUAUGUGAGCCAGGAUUUAAUCUUGAUUACAGAGCCCUUGCAUUCAGUUCAUAACACAAAGCAAAACAGAAACAAGUCACACGUGAGUCCUUAUACAGACCGAGAAUUUUAGGAUAUGUGGCCAUCUGUGAUUUUUUUUAAAAAUAUAUUGUGUGCCAUGAUAUCAUUAUUGCCAUGUUGCUAUUUGAUGUUCCAAAAACAAACCUGAAGAUCCAUGUCAGUGAGCCAAAAUGCCCACAUUUACAUUGUAAAAGAAAGGACCAUUAGAUGAAGAUGAAGAGCGGGCUCUGAAUAGAAAUAUAAUUGAAAUCCUCCCCCUUUUUACACAUGAUCCAAACUGAGAAGAAUUCCAUAGGCCAGGAAUGAGGGCAAAGCGCAACAAAAGCAGAAGACUGUGCUUCUUUUAAGGCAUUCCCUUUCCUACAAAAAGUAAGGAUGGAAAGGUUAUGCCAAUCCUGUUGCUGCAGAAUGGCUGAGACUCUUCAAGGGGGAGGAACAGAAAGAUUUGUGCAACUUCUUGUAUGUUCUACAUUGUCAAAGUUAUUAUCCACAGGGGUGUGCAUUGACUGUGUGGAUCCCGAAUAACAAGUGUAAUUUGGGGAGCUUUCCCUCCUCCUAAAUUGCAGUGUGAUGUCCAUGACCUCCCCACAGUUGAAUCAGGGCCCCCGCAAAGUCUUCUAUUACUCUGUUGUUUGUGUACUUUUCUAUGCUGUACACAGCGCCGUGUGUUUUGCAAGAAACAAAGCUGUUCCAAAUGUUGCCUGCAGAGCACUGAAGAGCUCAGGAUUGUUUCUUAUUAAAACACAGCCAUGGAGAAUUUUUUUGUUUUAAAAAAUAGUUAAAAGCUUCAUUUUAGUGUUUUUUUUUUUAAAUCCUACAUGGCUUUCGAUUAAACUGGAUGGCAACUGAUUACUAUGAAGGACUGUAUCCCUUCGGGAUGAGCGGAUCAGCCUAUUUCUGAUCCAUGUCAGUUUGCAUGCGUUGACUCAUCAGCCUGUUCCAUCCUGUUUCCAUAUAAAUCUGCAAAGAACAUAAAUGCCUUGCUGGUUCAGGCCAAAGGCUUAUCUGCUCCAGCAUCCUGUUCUCACAGUGGCCAGCCAGAUGCUUAUGGAAAGCCCAUUAACAGGACCCGAGUACAAUAGCAUUCGCCCCGCCGGCAAUUCCCAGCAGUCGCUAUUCUGAGGUAUAGCAAUUGAACAUGGCCAUCAUGACUAGUUGCCAGAUUUCUCCCUAAAUCUGUCCGGUCCUCUUUUAAAGCCAUCCAAGUUGGUGGCCAUCACUGCCUUAUGUGGGAGUGAAUGCCAUCGUUUUAAAUAUACACGAUGUAAAGGACUUUGUCUGUCUUCAAUCUUCCAACACUUAGCCUCACUGGCUGGCCCUGCGUUCUAGUAUCAUGAGAGAAGGAGGAAAACUUCUCUCUGUCCACUUUCUCCACACCAUGCAUAAUCUUACUCAUGUAAUUAAAAAGCUUCCAAAAUUGUACCCUUUCCUCACAGGGGAUUUGCCCAUUCCUCGGACCAUUUUGUUUGCCCUUUUCUAGCUCAAUAAUACUGUGUCCUUUUUGAGGUGCAGCAACCAAAACAGGGGGCAGCAUCCAAAGUGUCCACCCGUUUCCUAAUGAUCCCUAAUAUGGAAUUCACGGUUUUCAAAGCUGCCGCGCGCUGGGUCGACAUCUUCGUCGGGCCAUCCACGAGGCCCCCGCGGUCUGGUUCCAGGUCAGUUGGACAUCUGCCCAACAAUAUCUGGAGGGCACCGUAUUAGCUACCCUUGCUGCACUGAAACACCAAGAACACCAUGAGAUGGCUCCAGGGGCCCUUUCUGCUUGUCCCUCUCACCUUCUCCUUCUAGCCAUCUACGGCAGGUGAAAAAGAGAGUAGGUUAUGCCAGGUGUGCAGCCAGUGGCCCUUCGAAGGGGAUGUAAUCUCAGCAGCUGCUUACCAAAGCCAAUGAAACACUUUCAGGCCUUGACUUAAUCCUAUACAGCAACCUGCAAUUCAUUUGUAGCCUUAGUCCAGGGGUGGGGAACGACAGGCCCGUGAGCCAAAGACGGCCCUCCAGGAAUCUCCAUCUGGCCCUUGGGACUUUCCCCAGGCCACACCCCCUACCCUGCCACACGCUGUUUGCCCAGGCCAUACCUCUUGCUUCAUGUCAUUUGUUUUUGCGUAGCUGAAAUACGUCCUUGAACUCUUGCUUGCCUGGGUGCAGGAUAGAGAGGGGGUGUGUGUGUGUGUUUGUAGAAAAUUGGCCUGCUGUACAAAGGUGACACUUGUAUUCAUUGCUCUGCCCUUUUUUAUCUCUGGCCCCACCAGCCACUGCUAUGCGGCCCUCGGAAGGUUACCCAGAAGGGAAUCUGGCCCUUGGGUUGAAAAAGGUUGCCCACCCCUGCUAGCCCAAAAAUCUAGGGAAAAGGGCUGUAGCUCAAUGGUAGAGGAACUGCCUUACAUGCAGAAGGUCCCAGGUUCAAUCUCUGUCAUCUCCGGGUAGGGCUGGGACAGACCCCUGCCUGAAACCCUGGAGAGCUGCUGCCAGUCAGUGUAGACAGUACUGAGCUAGACAGACCAAUGAUCUGACUCGGUAUAAGGUAGCUUCCUGCAAGAGGUGACUGAAAGGGAGAGAUGAGGGAGCAACAAAAGGACGCCACAACACCAGGAUCUCACUUUGCUUGCUCCAGAAUUUCUUUGAAAGCAGGUGUGGGGGAUCUAUGGCUCUCCAGAUGUUGCUCUGAUAAAACUCCCAUCAGGCAUGGCCAAUGGCCAGGGAUGAUGGGAGUUGUAGUUCAGCAACAUCUGGGGGGCUAAAGGUUCCCCACGCCUGUUUUAAAGAAACAUUGCCUGAGCACCUCUCAUUUGUUAGAUCUUUCACCCGCUCUGCACCACUUAAAUCUUUAGCCUGAUACAACAUGGGCCUCAGCAGAGGCUGUCAUCCUCCUUUCAGGCAAUCAUUGUAGGGUAGGGUUGCCAAGUUCAGGGCCUGAUCCUGUAUCUUUCAGGAGAAGAGAAAGUCAGC